CUUUUCAGAGGUUUCAUAUCUCUGCACAGCAGAAGAUGAUAGAACCAGAGCUACUGACCGAGGUCCCUGCAGCACUUAAGCGGCUAGCCAAGCAGGUGGUAAGGGGUUUCUAUGGAGUGGAGCACGCCUUGGCCCUGGAUGUGCUGAUCCGCAAUCCCUGUGUACGUGAGGAGGACAUGCUGGAGCUGCUGAAGUUUGACCGUAAACAGCUGCGCUCAGUACUCAACACCUUGAAGGCAGACAAGUUUGUCAAAUGCCGCAUGAGGGUGGAGACAGCCCCAGAUGGCAAGACCACGCGGCACAACUACUACUUCAUCAAUUACAGGGUACUGGUCAAUGUGGUCAAGUAUAAAUUGGACCACAUGCGACGGCGCAUUGAGACAGAUGAGCGAGACUCCACCAACCGUGCUUCCUUCAGGUGCCCUUGCUGCUUCUCCACCUUCACAGACCUAGAAGCCAACCAGCUGUUUGACCCAAUGACAGGUACAUUUCGCUGCACCUUCUGCCAGACGGAGGUAGAAGAAGACGAGUCUGUCUGUCCUGAUGCUAGGACGCUGGUGGCACGCUUCAAUGAGCAGAUCGAACCCAUCUAUGCACUGCUACGUGAGACUGAAGAUGUCAACUUGUCUCAUGACCUGCUGGAACCUGAGCCUACUGAGAUCCCUGCGCUCAAACAGAGCCGGGAACGUUCUGCAGUAUCCGGAGAAACGGCAAGUGGUCCCCACCGCGAAGCCUGGUCUAACAAAGGCUCAUCCUACGCUGACCUGUACACCCAGAAUGUGGUUAUCAGCAUGGAGGAGCAGGAUGACCAACAGAAACAGGCCAAUGAGGGCAAGGCACCUAAGGAGAGGCCCGUCUGGUUGACCCAGAGCACCGUGCCAGGGUGCUUACAGCGAGCCCUGACAUCCUCAAGAGCCGUGGAGAUGUUGUGCCCGAAGCCCAGGAUGGAGGAGCUGGUCCUGGAAUUG